AUGGAAGAUCACUCUUCUCUCCGCUACAGUGACGGUGAAGACGAUAAAACCGACCUCGAAGUUUCUUCAAUCCUACUGGAACUUUCGCAACCUGUCUAUUUCUCUUAUGACCCUUCUCCUUGUUCUCUUAAGUGGGGUCGCACUAAAAAGCGUACCUUUUCCGAUAUCAUGCCUCCGCCGAGGAUUUCAUCGGAACCGGUUAUCCAACCGCAACCGAUGACUGAGGUCGUCGGAAGUAAUUAUAGUUCGUCGUACUCAACCGGCGACGCGAAGAAAACCAAUAGUCAAAGCGUAAAAUUCUGA